AUGUAUGUCAAGCAAAUCAUCAUUCAGGGCUUCAAAAGCUACAAGGACCAGACGGUCAUCGAGCCCUUCUCCCCAAAACACAAUGUGAUCGUCGGUCGCAAUGGUUCCGGCAAGAGUAACUUCUUUGCAGCCAUUCGCUUCGUCCUGAGCGAUGCCUAUACCCACCUUGGCAGGGAGGAGCGACAGGCUCUGCUUCACGAAGGUUCUGGGUCUGCGGUGAUGUCCGCCUAUGUUGAGAUCAUUUUCGACAACUCCGACGACAGAUUCCCUACUGGAAAGCCGGAAGUGGUCCUCCGCCGAACUAUUGGACUAAAGAAGGACGAAUACACUCUUGAUCGCAAAAAUGCUACCAAAUCCGAUGUCAUGAACCUUCUCGAAUCGGCCGGUUUCUCGCGAUCGAAUCCUUACUAUAUUGUGCCGCAAGGUCGAGUCACUGCGUUGACCAACAUGAAGGAUUCUGAACGUUUGAACUUGCUGAAAGAGGUCGCUGGUACCCAGGUCUACGAGGCACGCCGUGCGGAAUCAUUGAAAAUCAUGCAUGAAACGAACAAUAAGAAGGCCAAGAUUGAUGAACUCUUGGACUUUAUCAACGAGCGGCUCGCUGAACUUGAGGAGGAGAAGGAUGAGCUGCGCAAUUUUCAAGAAAAGGAUAAAGAACGCCGGUGCUUGGAAUACACCAUCUACUCUCGUGAGCAACAUGAAAUUUCUGGCAUCCUUGACAAUCUGGAGGAACAAAGACAGACCGGCGUGGAGGAUACAGAUCUUAACCGAGAUAGGUUCAUCGAAGGAGAGAAGGGGAUGGCGCAAAUAGAUGCAGAAAUCGCCGAGUGCAAGCAGCAAAUUGAGUUUCUGAAAGUGGAUAAGGCUCAGCUUGAAGACGAGCGCCGCGAGGCCUCGAAGACCCUUGCACAGGUGGAAUUGCGCGCCAAAUCGCUUUCCGAGAACCAGGCUACAGCUCAGGUGCUCAAAGCACGCCAUGAUGAAGAUCUCAAGACCGUCGAGCGCGCGAUCAAGGAGCGCGAGGCCGAACUCGAGGAACUUAUUCCUCGCUUCAAUGCAGUCAGAGACCAGGAAGACAACAUCAAAGCGCAGCUGAAUGAAGCCGAGACAACCCGCCAACGUCUGUAUGCCAAGCAGGGUCGCAACUCGCGCUUCAGGAAUAAGUCGGAGCGCGAUAAAUGGCUACAGGCCGAGAUCAAGGAAAACCACACCUCUAUUUCCACAGUACAGGCCGUGAUGGCGCAGACUCAGGAGGACAUCAAAGAGCUUGAGAACGACAUUGCGCUCUUGGAACCGGAAACGGAACGCUUGCGUCAACAAAUUGAUGGCAGGGGAGACACUGUCCAUUCUGUAGAACAACAGGUUCAAGCUGCAAAGGACGAAAGGGAUAGAUUGAUGGACCAGAGGAAAGAACUGUGGCGAGAAGAAGCGAAGCUCGACUCGAUUCUUGCCAACGCUUCAAAUGAAGUGGACCGGGCAGAACGCGCACUUUCUCAGAUGAUGGACCACAAUACCAGUCGUGGAAUUGCGGCUGUGCGAAGGAUCAAACGUCAGCACAACCUUGAAGGAGUCUAUGGAACAUUGGCGGAACUCUUCGAGGUGAAUGACAGAUAUCGGACUGCGGUUGAAGUCACAGCUGGCCAGAGUCUGUUCCAUUAUGUCGUGGACACGGACGAGACUGCGACCAAGGUGCUGGAAAUACUGCAGCAGGAGAAGGCUGGGCGAGUGACUUUUAUGCCCCUAAACAGACUCAGAUCCAAGCCCGCCAAUCUGCCUCGAGCGAGCGAUACGAUUCCAAUGAUCGACAAGCUACAAUAUGAUUCUGCCUACGAAAAGGCUUUCAACCAUGUGUUUGGCAAGACAAUUAUUUGCCCGAACCUUCAGGUUGCCUCGCAAUAUGCUCGAAGCCAUGGUGUCAAUGCGAUUACGCCCGAUGGUGACCGGUCUGAUAAGCGAGGUGCGCUUACUGGUGGUUUCCACGACUCUCGGCAAUCUCGACUUGACGCAGUGAGAAACCUAACGAAAUGGCGGGAUGAAUAUGAGAACAAGAAGAACCGAGGGGCAGAAAUUCGGAAGGAGCUGGAGAAGUUGGACCAGGUCAUUACGAAGUCUGUCGGUGAAUUGCAAAAGCUGGAGCAACAGAGACAACAGGUACAGCAUAGUAGUGGACCGCUCCGGCAAGAGCUCAGAAGCAAACGGGAUCUUCUUCUUCAGAAGAACGACAGUCUUGACGCCAAGCGCAAGGCUCUCCGCAAUAUCGAGACCAAUCUGGCCGCGUUGAACGACCAGGUGAAUGCGUUCGAGGCGGAGCUGAAAACACCAUUCCAGAAGGCGCUGAGCAAUGAGGAAGAGGCACAGCUCGAGUCACUCAGUGUCGUUGCUCAGGAUCUUCGGCGGCAAUAUCAGGAACUCUCUGCUCAGCGAAGCGAGUUGGAGGCCCGAAAGUCGAUCCUCGAAGUCGAACUUCGGGAGAACUUGAACCCCCGUCUAGACCAGCUUGUCAGCCGCGAUACUGAUAUAGGAGAUGAUGAUGGCCAGGGCAAUCUGAAGGAGACCGAGCGGGAGAUGAAGCGACUGCGCAAGUCGUUGGAGAAUCUGAGCCAACGCCUCCAGAAGGUGGACGAGUCUAUCGAGAAAGCAAACGCUCAAGCAAAUGAGCUCGAGAAACAAAAGGCUGAAAUCCGUCUUGAACUGGAAGAGCUGGCGAGGUCCAUCGAAAAGCACCAGCGUCGCAUGGAAAAGAAUAUGCAGAAAAAGGCUGCUUUGACCAAGCAAGCAGCAGAAUGUGCGGCAAAUAUCCGCGACCUGGGCGUGCUUCCAGACGAAGCAUUUACCAAGUACAAGCACACGGACUCGAACACCGUUGUUAAGAAGUUGCACAAGGUCAAUGAGGCUCUCAAGAAGUAUUCGCAUGUCAACAAGAAAGCGUUCGAGCAGUACAACAGCUUCACCAAGCAGCGCGAAACCCUAACCAACCGGAGAGAGGAACUCGAAGCAUCGCAGAAGUCAAUCGAGGAACUCAUCUCAGUACUUGACCAGCGCAAGGAUGAGGCUAUUGAGCGUACGUUCAAGCAAGUCUCUCGUGAGUUUGCCAACAUCUUCGAAAAGCUCGUCCCCGCUGGCCGUGGGCGCUUGAUCAUUCAGCGGAAGACCGACCGUGCUCUCCGACAAGAGGAUGACAUGGAUUCCGACGACGAACGAGCACAGCAGAGUGUCGAAAACUACGUUGGAGUGGGCAUCAGUGUGAGCUUCAACAGUAAGCAUGAUGAACAACAGCGGAUUCAGCAACUUAGUGGUGGCCAAAAGAGUCUUUGCGCACUUGCACUGGUCUUCGCAAUCCAAGCCUGUGACCCGGCGCCGUUUUACCUCUUUGACGAGAUCGAUGCCAACCUCGACGCUCAGUACCGAACCGCCGUUGCUCAGAUGCUCCAGUCCAUCUCGGAAUCUACCAACGGACAGUUCAUUUGCACCACCUUCCGUCCUGAAAUGUUGCAUGUGGCAGAGAAAUGCUACGGUGUCAGCUUCCGGCAGAAGGCUAGUACGAUUGACGUUGUGUCCAGAGAAGAGGCGCUCAAGUUCGUUGAGGAGCAGAAGACUUAA